AUGGCGUCAGAUGGUCCAGAUCCACAGAGCUUGAAUUCAUGGCAGGAUGCAUUCCAGUAUCCAAUUCCCACUGUGCGCCGUGUGGAACAGGAGCUCCGCCGGGACAUCGCCAGCAAUAAGGAGAAGCUCCGAGCUCUUGUUGGGACGAGAUAUCGAGAGCUUGUUGGAACGGCCGAAACGAUCGUAUCGAUGAACCGCGAGAUGCAGGAGGUGGAUACGACCCUGGCGGAUAUCGGACGAAGAUGCAACCCACGAUUAAUGGAGAAGAAAGUUACACAUUUCAGUCAAAUCAAGGGAGAUGUUCACGACAAAGGCGCAACCAAACGAGCCGUUGGAGCCCAGCUUGCUUUGCUUCACCGCUGUGAGACAGCUAUAUCUCGUCUAUUGAGGAGGCGUGAUUCUCUUCUCCUAGGAGCCAAGCUUGUGGUUGUUUCUCGACUCCUGCAUAAAGCACUGUCUCAGCAAAAGACCGUGCCGCCAUUUCUUGAAAGCUUACGGAAUCAAAUAGCCUCACUGAGGCAAACCCUUUUGAGAAGAGUCAACAAGUGCUUAGCCUCAGAUUCAUCAACAGCGGAUGAUAUUAUUGAGGUCCUAGCUUCUUACUGCCUAGCUACGAGCUCUUCCUCCGAGGAUGCUAUUCGUCACUUUCAUAGGGUACGAGAGGAGGUCAUUGAGAGCCAGCUAGGGCUUGACGACCCAUCAGGAGGAAAUAUUCUGAAGGCUUUGGGACUAUACGUUAGUACACUUCAAAUAUCCAAGAUCUUACUUUCCCGUCGUCUAUCAGAUGUUCUUGGCAAAUUGAAAGCACGGCCUAUUCUGACUGAUCCGGAAAUUCACAAUCUUGACGACCUUAAUCUCGAUGUCUUGGGGCGCUGGGUGCCACCUGAUAUGAGUAACUUCACACCUUGGAUCAAACUGAGCGAGCUGUCCAAAUCUGAAGUUGAGAAAACACUGAAAAAAUGGUCGAGGCAAGCCUUCGAGAAAUUUGUCCAAGGAUGUCAGAAGAACUUGACAAGCUGGCUAGACUUCACAAAGUUACUCGCGCUUCGAGAAAAGGCCUUGGAAUUCUGGCUGCGCUCCUGGACCUCAACAAUCACACAUUCAUCCCUUCAGGUGUUAGAAGGGGUUCGAGGGAUCUUUAAUAACCGUCUGAUGGAUAUCUUAUCUGAUCAGGCUAGGUCGUUGGCGAAAUUUGGCCAGGAUGUCACAUCUAAGAUCUCAGCUUGGGACAAUACAGACCACGUAACCUCUCAGUCACUUUGGGAUCAUGAACUGAUGGUCUCUGAUUACUCAAAUGGCGCCGACGCCUUCAAAUCAGCCAUCGCUGAUAGACUCCUUGGCCGUGAUGAAGAGGUUUCUAAUAUGCUAAGGGGAUAUCAAUCUUGGCUCAUGUCUAUUGAAAAGUCCAAAGAUUCCAUUGAUGAACUACGGCAGAUCCGGUGGAAAGACAUCAUCGAGGAGGGCGAGGAUGAAGACUUUGACCUAGAUACCACAGCGGCAUUAAAUGAAGACGACCCUCGACUGCUACAGGACGCGCUUCAGUCUGCUGUUAGGGAAGCCUUUGAUGAUCUUCAAUCUUCAUUCGGCGAUGCCUUCCAAGCCUUUGGAGACACGAAUCAUAGUGAAAAGGCUGCAUUUAUUCUUAGACUCAUCAGACUUGUUCGGCGAGGCUUCCCCUGCCAACUUAUCACCGACGAAUUUACUUUCUCGAGAGAUAUUGUGCCUCAGUUGCAGGAAAUGCUUGCCACUGAGGUGGUUACGCAGACAUCUUCUUCAAAUUUGCGAGCCAAACCGGGUUCUCGGGUUCCAGGUCGAAGCCUUUGGGAAGGCGAUCCUGAGCUUCCAAUCCAACCAUCUCCCUCUACUUUCAAGCUUCUACGUCGACUUGUAGGAUCCAUGGAUCGUUGCGGCCCGGGGCUUUGGGAUGUCACAACCGUUCAAGUUCUCAAGCGAACCUUACAAAGGGAGCUCUCAAACACUAUCCCCUCGACUAUCGAACCUCUGAAUUCUUGUGAAACUGGUAAAAGCAAAGAAAAUACCGAUUUGGAUGGCGGGAAAACCCCCAGUGAACAGGACGGCCAAAACAGCGAUGCAGACGAGCGGGCAAAGGAUGAAGACGUGAACGAGUCACAAAACGCCCACGAUCUGAAACUUCAACUCUAUUUUGAUACUGCCUACCUGAACAAUGCGUUGGCAGUGAAGGGUUCCGGACAGAAUCUACUAAUGGACGUUCUAGAAAAGCUUCGCGGCGAUCUUGGAUCUGCGGAUAACAUUGCCAGAACCAUGGAACAUAAUGCUGCUGAGUAUUGGAAGCGUACCCAGCUGUUGUUCGGGCUUUUAGCAAUUGGUUUAGUGGUUUCCGCGGGGGAUUCUCACCGCUCACGUCACGUUUCCGGGUACUGCAUCAGUUGGCCGCGGGAAAACGGAAUGAUUCAUCCGCCACACCUGCUCCAUGUUUCCAACGCCGUCUUUCCCUGGACAAACUCCAUAAUCAUUCUCUUCGCCAUGGCUACCCCGAGGCUACCCUUCCUCUACCCGCACUUGAUGCGCGCCGUGCGUUCAUGCGAACCCGCUACCCAUCGCUCCGUACGGAUCCCGUCCAAGAACGGCCACGCUCCUUUUCAUACAACUCGGCGGCAGGCUCAAGAAACAUACCAUCGACGAUACGGGCCUGCUGCAGAGGCAAACCUGCCACCUCCAUCACGACCUAAAGAUGAAUUGAAUCAUCCACAAGUACCACAGCAAGCGCCGAAAGAUACCAACACUCCGCCGAACACCGCCCCUCCCGAAAAACUGCCCCCCAAGGAUACCAAGAGUAACAUCCCGGAAGUAUCUUCCCAAGAGAAGGACCAAGAGACCUCGGAGUCUAGCGACAAGAAGCAAUCGGAUGAGCCCACUCCACACGAGGAAUCUGCAAGCGAAAGCCACGACGUCGAGCCGCUCUCCGCCUCUCCAACCGAGAAUGCUGAGGAAGAGCGACAUGAAGAGCAACACGAGCCUCCAGAUAGACCAGACCCCCUCGAUGAUGUGCUUCAUAUGCCUUCUCCCUCAUCCUAUCUGAUGCCAUCCGGUGCGGCGAUUCCCAAUGGUAAACCACAUUUGGCCCCGCCCCCCUAUAUCCAUCAUUUCGAUACCUACUCCCUAGUCCGUGACCUCUCCACAGGUGGUUUUACGGAAGACCAGUCUGUCACAAUCAUGAAAGCAGUUCGGAAUAUCUUGCAUAACAACCUCGAUAUGGCGAGGCAGAACUUAACUUCUAAGUCUGAUGUUGAGAACGAAUCAUAUCUAUUCAAGGCGGCUUGCUCGGAGCUCCAGUCAUCCUUGCAGACCGCUCGGAACUCCGAAAUGCAGCGACAGCGUGCGUCGCGGACGCAGCUUCAACACGAGACCGAUAUUCUCUCCCAGCGAACGAAUCAAGAGCUUGCCGGUUUAAAAGAUGAUAUUAAGGCGAUGUUCAACGACCAUAAGAUGACGACACGGGAGCAACAACGGAGCAUAGAUACCUCGGUUCAGGAGCUUAACUAUAAGAUCACGGUCUCUCUAAACAGUGACGGUAAAAGUGAGAUUGAGGGUCUCCGUUGGAUUCUGACGAGAAGGGCCGCAUUCGCUAUUGCCGCAAGCGCUUUCAUGAUCAUUUCGUUCCUUAAAUUCUAUUCGUCACGCAAGGCACAGGAUGCCGCUGAGAAGAAGAAAAAGGCAUCGACUAAAAAAGCUACAGAGAAACAGGCAGCGAAGGAACCCAUUAUUGGUUCUGUCGUGCCAGUUCCAGAGGUACAUCUCACCGAAUCUCUGGGCUGA